AUGAUGGAACUGAAUCAAGAUGUAGAGGAAGAACCGGAUUCAGCAAAUAUCAUGGAACGAGAAGCCUUCCAGCUAGAUUUAGCUUUCCGAAACGAAGCAGCGAGAAACUCGGUGGAAGAAGUGAGCGCUCUGCGAGCGACCAACUGGAGAGGGCGAUCGUCUGAAAAUGUACCUCAAGCAUCGGCUGGAGAAAUCAGCAGCAGAGAUUUAGCAACAGCAAUCAUCUGUUGGCAAUGCGAGAGUCCUGGUCAUACCUACUUAAGAUGCCCUAACCCGAAACGUUUUCUUUUCUGCUACAGCUGCGGAAAGAAGGGUUGCACUACGCGUAACUGCGAUGCCUGUAUCUUACGUUGGCGACAAUUAGAAGCCCACAAUGCCUCUCAGGUUCCGGGAAACCGGAAUUGGGAGAACCCGCAGUAA